AUGACGAUUUCUAAUGAUUCGAAAACAAACGGGGUUAAACCAAGUUUACCUACAAACCAUCCAGUUUGGAAACGAUGGGUCCGCUUCAGAGGCAAAGAUGGUGAAAUCUACGGAGGCGAGCCUGUAAAUGCGAACAUUGAUGUGGGCCAGGCCAUAGAAAAAAACUUUGAAGUGGCUGUCAAAGUCGUGGCUGGCGGCUCAGCGUUGGAUUAUGACGCUUCCUUUACUGGUGAAAUCAAGGUCAUUGAUCAGCUUCUAUCUCCAGUGUCACAAAAAGAAGCUGGAACUAUUCGCUGUGUUGGUCUCAAUUACAAGGAGCAUGCCGCUGAGAUGAAGAUGACUCUUCCAAAAACACCAACCGUUUUCCUCAAGGCAGAGACCUGCAUUGCUUCUGCCGCCGAUCCAAUCAUAUUACCUCCCAAUGUGGCUUAUGAUGAAGCAGACUAUGAGGUUGAGUUGGCCGUGGUCAUUGGCAGGGAAUGCAAGAAUGUUUUAGUUUCUGAAGCAUCGAACUACAUUCUGGGAUAUUCCGUCGCCAAUGACGUGACCGCCCGCAAGCAUCAGGAACAGACUUCGCAAUGGUCGUAUGCAAAGGGCAUGGACGGUUUCUGUCCUCUCGGCCCAUGUAUUGUUUCCACAGAGCAAAUCCCCGAUGCUGCCAUUUUGAAUCUGAAGACCUCUCUCAACGGGAAGAUUAUGCAAAAUGGAUCUGCCGACGACAUGAUAUUCAGUAUACCCGAAAUUGUCUCUUAUCUAUCUCAGGGUCACACCUUAUUGCCUGGAACGGUCAUCAUCACAGGGACACCUUGUGGAAUUGGUAUCUCACAGAAGCCCCCACAAUUCCUUCAGCCGGGGGAUGAACUACGAGUGAGUAUAAGCCAUGGAAUCGGUACACAAGUAUGCCCAAUUUCGAGAGUAUAA